UGUGUGCAUAAUCAAUAUUAUGGUAAGCUUCUCUCACUGUAUGUUCAUUUAAUACCUUCCUUAAGACCUAGCAGUUCACACCUUCGGCAAUUAUAUUUAUUAUUAGUUUAUAAAAGUAUACAUAAAAUAUUAUAGGUAUGGAUAUGUACGAAGUGUAUGUAAAAGCAGUGUCGUUUUCUGCAGGUUGUGCAUCCACUGCAAUGAUGUUAACGCCUUUGUUGGUAUGCAAGGAUAUUGUGAAGAAAAAAACGUCCGACCAUGUCAAUUUAUCUACAUUUGUUGGUGCACUUUUUAGAAGUUCACUAUUUUGUCGCCAGGGUUACAUUUUAAAUUUACAAACAAUGAUGCUUGUUCAUGGAAUGGGGCUAUUAAUCAAUACAUUUUACUUAGCGCUUUAUUGGUAUUACUCAAAUAAAAAAACAAAUGUAAUAACGACAGUCUUUAAGACUGCAUUAUUGAGCUCAGUUUUCCAGACAUAUUCAUUUAUAGAAUCACCAGAUUUAGUUGUGACACGAUUCCCAAUUAUGGUAUCAAUCAUACACUUGUCACUAAUUGGUUGGCCAUUACUAUCCAUUAGGGAUACCAUGAGAACAAAAAAAUGGUCAGGACAUCCAAAGCCAAUUUUGAUAAAUUCUAUUGUUCUUUGUAUUUUAUGGCUUCUAUAUAGUAUCAACAUAGGAAACACAAUCAUUUUUACUCAAUGUUCAGUAGCAUUAAUACUAAGCUCAACACAACUGGGACUAUGGACAAUAUACCCAGCAGAAAAAAUUCAACGCAAUAAAAUGGAUAAACAUGAAUGAUUACUGUUGUUAUAGUUUUACAAUUUCUUGUUAUAAUUUUGAUAAAUAUUUGAUUUCAUAAAAUAAAAAAAAAUAUCAUUUUAACAAUGUUCACUAUAAAUCGACUCCUUAAUUUUGUCCAACACAUUACAAAUAAAACAAUGAAAGGUAGACAAAAAAAAUAAUUUAUUACUAAUUAUAAUUAUUGUGGAAAUCCAGUUCUUUGAAUGUAGUUCACAAUUUAUAUAAAAGGGUAAAGUAAAUACAAAUUUAAUAGCUAUGGUACUAUGAACAACAGUAGGCUUAACGAUGAGAACCCUUUUAUAAAAAGAGCUGGAAACAUUCUGAGAACUAACUUGUUUUGUUAUCAAUCAUAUAAAAAUACUUAAGCGUUG